GAAAACAAUUAGAGAAAUAGAUUUGUUACGAUUCGUAUUCAUAGUUUUGAAGGUCACGUUUUGAAGUACUUUUUUUUUUAUUUAACACAAACAAAAACGUAUAAUAAUGAAAUUGAAAUUAGUAUAAACUGUAUUUUGAUCAAAUUGACGCAUUUAUUGUUCUGAGAGACAGAGUUCAUUUCUCACAGAGUUGAAUUGUUAAAUUAGUCGCCUUGUAUACAAAAUGAGGAGUGAAUGAGAGUGAGAAAUCAGUAAUAUAAUACAUGUCACUCUAUCCUAUUGCGAACACAACCAGCUAGCGACAAGCACUGAAAUUAGGACGUGCUAAGUACAGGACAUAACAAACAGUUUCUAUCUCGUUCACUCUCUCUUUCUCUCGGCCGGAUGAGGAAGACAUAGAAAGAGAGAGUGAAAAAUAUAUACUUUGUCAUUAGCCCCGCUUAUCAAUAUUUUUAUGGGUGAUUGUUUCACAGACGGAGAUAAAAACACAACACUAAUACGCGUCAACAGCCAGGAUUUUUUUUCUUUUUACUUUACAGUUAGUCACUUUAUAGUCUGUUUGAUGGCAAAUCACAAAUGCAGUAUUAUUGCCAUCAAACAGCCAUGGAGAAAUACUAUUUUGGUCCAUGUCUCUACUUCCUUCUAAGGCCUAACGUGACUGACAGGUUACAAGCUCCGAUUUUAAGAAAAUAACAUAAUAUCAAGAUUCAAUGUGGAAUGUAUUAGAAUCUAAAGGACCCCCUGGUGGUGGGGGUAACCAAACAACAGAAAUACUUACAAUUACCACCGACAGUUCAAUUACACCAGCUACUCUGGGCCCUUCGCUGUCACCACGUAUUGAAAGAGUACUCACAGCCAUCUUUCUCACGUUGUUUUCACUGCUCUUUACAGCGGUAUGCGUACAAUUGAUAAUGAUAAUAUGGUACAAACACAAGCGAUGCAGUUAUCAGUCGGUUCUGCUACUAAUUGUUCUUACCUGGGCUACUUUAAGGAUAGUACUCUUCUCAAUGUACUUUUCUGAAAUUUACCUAGCAAAUCAUCUGCCGAUUUUCGUCUCUUGGUUAUUGUAUUGUUUUCCUAUAUGUCUACAAUUUUUCACGCUCUGUCUAAUCACAUCCUUUUUCACAUCAGCAUAUCUGAAAGGACACGAAGUGAACCAAACUAUCACAAAGAAUCAGUCUAAUCUACUGCUUGGUUUGGCUGCCAUUUUGUUUCUUGUGAUCAACAUCACAUUUGCGACGCUGACUUUGAGGGCCCAAAGAUACAAGAAACGUUUUGUGAUGGAAUAUUUGUACGCACGAGUAAUUAUCAACGAUGGUUUGUUCCUGGCUACAGCUUCGUUCCUAAUUAUUGUCAUUGUCAAACUUUCUAAAGUUCCUAUUUCCAAACGUUCCCUGGAAGCAAGGUCGAUAUCUACAUGUACAGUUGUCGGUGUAUCUAUAUUCGUACUCAUUAUGUAUGGUUCUAGAGCUCUCUACAACAUGCUUGCAGUGAUGCCAGCUUUGAAAGGACACAAACCACGAUUCGGUUACGGUUGGGUUGAUGUUUCUGAUCAAGCGGACAUGAUCAAUUUGAGUAAAGGCAAAGCUUACCUGUCCUUCACUACAGUGCUUACUGUUUGGGAGUUGAUACCUCUCGUAGCUGUACUUAUCUUUUUCAGAGUAAAAAGAAGUGGUUCCAGUAACCAACAGAUCCUAACUCAACACUCGCAGUAUUUCAAUGAUGAGAGAACAGCACUUCGCAAUCCUAAACAUUUCAUACCUUCGAUGCUCUCUCACUACGCAAUCCCGACACCAUGUUCAAUGUUUGGCUCACCUCGAAGUGACGCUCCAUCGACAAGUAGCAACUAUGACGUCAUGUUCCAUGAUCAUAUACUAACCACAACCUAUCCACCAUCCAAUUCUCCAAGAUACGGAUCCCUGGCUGCCACCUGUACCCUACAUCACUCACCGCUAGGCAAAAUACAAUAAAUUUCUUUAUAAACGACUCUCAUUCGAGCAAAUCAAAUGAACAACUGUAUAGCUUCGAUGAACAAAUACAUUCGUGCUUUAUUAUCGCAUCGUAUAUAUAUUUUUAUGUUCCUCUAUAAAUGAAGAGGGAGGAAGGAAAAUCAGAAACUUUUGAUUUAAUAUUGAUCACUGAAUCUAUUUUUCUACCGAUUGACAAUAUUAACAUUUCUAAUCUGUAAAUUAGAUUCGGUGAAGAAGUAAAUAUUUAAUAUCUAUAACAAAAUUAAUAUUUUUGGUCUGUUGUGGUUUAUUUCAUUCCGUCUAUUCGUCAUGUUUCUGAAAAUUAUAUUUUAUCCGGUUAUAGUUCAGCCAAUAUUAUGAUGAUUCAAGGCAGCGAGCUGGCAGAAUCUUUAACACGCCGAGAAAAUUGCUUAUAGGCAUUUCAUCAGUCUUUACGUUCUGAGUUGAAGUUCUGCCGCAGUCGACUUUGCCUUUCAUCCCUUCGGGGUUGAUAAAAUAAGUACCAGUUGAGCACUGGGGUCAAUGUAAUCGACUUACCCACUCCCUCGAACUCGCUGGCCUUGUGCCAAGAUUUGAAACCAAUAUUACGGUAAUUCAAGGAAAAAAAUAUGUAUACAACUUGGCUAUAUAACUGUUUUUACAAAUGUAUUUCUUGGAAUACUUCCCUCUCCCACCAAUUAUGCAGGUACUGUUUCAAGAAUUUUUACAUGUCGAAUUUGAAACGAGUUCCUUAUUAUGAGAUUAUGUUGACUUAUAAAUGAAAUCUAUUUAUCUCGAUUCUAUUUACCUAAUUGUUAAGGAAUUACAUUUUCCUCUGUUUGAUUUGAUACGUCGAACUGAUGUUUUCAUCUCUCCGAAGAAACUGAAUUAAUGUUUAAAAAACGUAAUUAAAAAAUAUGAAAUUUUUAUACAAAAUGCCUGUUUUUAUACUUAAUGAAUAUGUUUAUUGUACAUCCGAAGAAAUUAAUAAAGAAACCGAGUGAAAUUUUACUAAUAAAAGAUGUAAUAAUAA